AUGUGUGCUGCGGGUUUGAAAGUGACUGGCGCUGACUGUGGCUCCCGGUGGAAACGGGCUGAAGAGUCAUCGUCAUGCCACCAUUUCGACAAGUUGGAGAGAAGCAGCUUCCCAAUGAAAUACUUUACAUGGUGUGGUCCCCUAAAAGGGAUCUCAUUGCACUUGCGAACAAAACAGGAGAGGUUUUACUUCAUCGCCUUGCCCACUUUCAGCGAGUAUGGAGUUUGGCACCUAAUGAAAACACAGGAAAAGAAGUAACAUCACUAGCUUGGAGGCCAGAUGGAAAGGUUUUAGCCUUUAGUCUUGCAGACACAAGACGAAUUGUUUUAUGUGAUGUGGAAAAAGCAGAGAUUCUACAUUUUUUCUCCUUGGAAAACUUAGUUACCUGUAUGCAUUGGACUGAGGUGAUGGAUCCAAAGAGUGCUGCUACCCCAGUUAGUUUACUAGAUGAAGAGGGAAGUCUUUUCUUGCCCAAGUUGCCUGCGCUACCAAAAAGUUACAGUACUUCUGCAAAGAUUUUCAGUGAAGAAAAAUCAGAUGAAGUCACAAAGCUAUUAGGUGACAAAAGGCUAAAUACCCUUGUUCUUGGAGGAGAUUCUGGAUUCAUCGAAUUAUAUGCAUAUGGAAUGUACAAAAUUGCAACAGUAACACAGGUUGCAGGCCGCUGUCUGGAUCUUUGUUUGUCUAGUGACCUGAAAGCUUUGUCCGUUAUCACAGAAGUUCAAUUGUCCAAGGAAUCAGAACCAAUUAUCAGCUAUUUUCAGUUGGAUACCACUUUGCUAUCGGAUUGUUUGCCUGAGGUAACUCGCAUGGCCCGGAAAUUCACCCAUAUCUCAACACUGCUCCAGUAUCAAAAGCUAUCUUUGGCCUGCAUGUGUGAAGCAUGGGAGGAUAUUUUGAUGCAAAUGGACUUAAGACUGACAAAGUUUGUCCAGGAAAAGAGCACAAAGACUUCAGUGCAGGAAGAGUUCAUGGAACUACUGAUGUGGGGUAAGGCUAGUCCAGAGUUGCAAUCUUUGUUAAUGAAUCAGCUAACAGUUAAGGGCUUAAAGAAACUUGGACAGUCCAUAGAAUCAUCUUAUUCUAGUAUUCAGAAACUGGUUAUUGGUCACUUACAAAGUGGCUCAGAGGCUCUCCUGUAUCAUCUAAAUGAGCUGAAGGGAAUGGCAAUGUGGAAACAGAAAUACCAACCAUUAGGGCUAGAUGUGCCCGCCAUAGAAGAUGCCAUAAAUGCUGUGGGAACAUUUAUACUGAAGGCAAAUGAAUUGCUGCAAGUUAUCGACAGUAGUAUGAAAAGCUUCAAGGCAUUUUUCCGUUGGCUAUAUGCAGCAAUGUUGAGGAUGUCUGAUGAUCAUGUUUUGCCAGAGCUAAACAAGAUGACACAUCGAGAUGUUUCCUUUGUUGCUGACUUCCUGUCUGAGCACUUUAAAGAGGCACCAGAGCUUUAUGAUCAAAAGGGCCAGUAUUUUAAUGUUGAGAGAGUUGGUCAGUAUUUAAAAGAUGAGGAUGAUGACCUAGUAACUCCUCCAGAAACUGAAGGAAAUCCUUGGGUUACCUUCUUACAAAAUAGUGUCCAUCUUAAAGAAAGUCCCUUGCUUUUUCCAUAUUUUCCCAAGAAAUCACUACAUUAUGUUAAAAGGCUUGUGGAAGCACAAAUUGAUAAUUGCCUACAAAAACCAGCUGAAGUAAUUGGAAAUUCUGUCCAUCAAGUUGUCUACAUGCCUCUGUACAAGCUGCAUCCAACUGAGGGGAUUGUACCCAGAUUUUCACUACCAUCAUUUUGGAAUGAUAAGUCAUCAAAUCUACAGUAUGUAGUGUUCACAAUGCACAGCAUUGAAUCUUCUAGAAUCUAUAUUAUGCGAAGACCUACAGACCUUUCAAGGUCUGUUCCUAAUUGGCUGCUUGCUGUGGAGUUUGGAGAUUUUGUGUGGAGCACCAGAAAUGACAAUAACAAGGAAAGUCAGUUCAGCUUUUUGGACGUUGGUUUUUAUGAUGAUGAAAUGCUGACAGUCCUAUUGAAGGGACACACAGACAAAGAAGAGAAAGGUCGAAUCUUGGCACAGCUACCAUUAUCAUUCGUUUAUAUCAAUGAUGAAACCGAGGAAGAAUUCAAGUUGGAUACUGGUAAAAGGCUUGAUGAACAAACCAAUCAAAUUCCUGUUCAGACAGUAGUUCUUGAAAAUCAAUCCCGGACCUUAGAGAAUAUGAAAGCACAAUACCUUGCUGUAAACGGUAUUCGUAAAGUAUCUUGUGUGCUGAGUUCAAACUUGCGACAUGUGCGUGUUUUUGAAAUGGAUGUGGAAGAUGAUGGAGAGGUGGAUGAAGAGGAGGAAGAGCCAGAGUCUCAAGAUGUUGGUGGGACAAAAGAAGAGAUGGACGAGACAGUGAAUGCUCAAGCUGAUUCUGGUGUCAAUGCUGUAACUGGAAUUGAGAAGCCUGUAUUGCUUGAGGAUGAUGCUUCCAGCCUGGAAUCUGUACCUGGAACCUGGAGUUAGUUUGUUAAUUGUAACUUACUUUCAUGAAGAAAGGUUUCCCAGUACAGUCCAUUUAACUUUUUUACACGUAUUGGAGAUUAUACUGAGUCAGUAAUAGCUGGUGCAAUUUGCUGUGAAUGCUAUUUGCACAAAUUACAUUGCAUGUGCUGUGAAAUUCAGAACAGUAUUUGAAAACAAAGAACUCUGGGUGAACAGUAAAAUUAACCUGUAAGUGAUGUUUGCAGAAAAUGAGUCUUGUUCCGGCAGGAUGUAAACACCCUGAACUCACACCUGUUCAUUUAAAGGGCCAAAAUGACAGGAAUGGGAAAUUAACAAGUUGCCCUAAGAUGAUCGAGAGCACUGCUCAGGUUUGGGGUGAGGCACAUGAGGAAUGUUUUCAUUUGUAUGCACAUUGUAGUGAGAUUGUCAGCCUGUUCUUUAUGAAUUUGUUGACAACUUCAUGAGAGCUAAGUGGGUAAAACUUUUUUGUUUCAUUUUUGGAGAGAUUUACCAUGCAGUUUCUGUUGCAGUUGACAUGGGAGUGCAAAACACUGACAUUGGGUACUUACACUCCUCAUAUCUGAAUUUACCUGAACAAACACAAAAAAAGUAUAAGCGGGGAGUUUUAUUUAAUUCUUUUGUUCUAUAGAACUUUUUUGUGUU